AUGGUAUAUCUCAGAUUGGAAGGUUUAAAAAUCUCAGAUGCAUUGAUUAGUGUGAUUCUAUGCUCAUGUCCAGAUAUACGCUUUCUUAUUCUUGAUAAAAGUAAGGGUUUUACUAAUAUACCAAUUAUAGAAAUUGCAAGAUUUUCUCCAAAACUACAGCAUCUGAGUCUUAAUUCAUGUAUAUGUCUCACUAAUCGAUGUAUCACUGAAAUUACUUGCUCAUGCUCAAAACUUAGACAUCUUGAGCUUGGUGAUUGCUCGAUUAGUAAUGAAGCUAUCGAGAAGAUAGCUAGCAACUGUACUAAUUUGGAAUAUCUUAGUUUGAAGAGGUGUAGAAGGAUUAGUAAUGAAGUGCUGAAAAAACUCAAUCCGAAAAUUAAAAUCGAACGUCCAGAUUAUUCCGAUGAUGAAUUCUCAGAUUCUGAUUUACCUCCACUUAUUCCAAUCUUUACCGAUGAAACAGAUCUUAUUUCUGCAAUUGUUAAUUAUCUCAGAGAGAAUCCUCUAACCAAGAGCUUGUUUGAUAAGCUUAAAGAAGAUUAUAGAAUACAUGAUCCUGUUGAGAAUCUCUAUGGGGAUGUAAUAGGUAAAAUAAAAUGUUUAGAUUUACAGUUUCACAUUAAAAGAAAGUGGCAAAGUUUAGGUGAUACUGAACUAAUAGACUUUCAAAUUCACAAAAAUCCAUUAUUCGAUCUGGUGUUGGGGCAAGAUUGGUUAUGGAUGCGUGAAGCAAAAAUAAGCUUUGGACAUUCUCCCAAAACCCGUGUCUGCCAUGCUAAAAUUGUAAUAGAUGGUAUGAGCAUCCCGUUAUUCAAUGAAGAUUUUAACAAAGCCAGCUUCACUAAAAAUAAUUUAUCUAAAUCAACAGAAUCUAAACCUGGUCUAGCUCAAAAGAAGGUUAUGAAUAUAAUUAACAAAAUUCUCUCAAAUAUUGGAGAUAGACCCAAAAGGUCAUUGCUUUGCACUAAUAAGCAACGAAUAUUUUGCAACAUACCUCUUACACAUCUACCAUCCAGAAGAUUAAAUGACGAUGUUUCUAAAAAUAAGAGUAAGAAAAAUAAGGACAAAUAUUCCAUGGAUGCUUCUUCUAAUUCAGAUACUUCGGACAGCGUUUCAAGUAAUUCUUCUACAUCUAGUUCAGAAAUAGAAGUUACAGAUGCGCAUAAGACUAGAGCAGUAAAGAAACGCCAUAUUUGA